GAGUCGAGUCCAAGAGCGUAGAGGUGCUGACCCUCUCUCCUGGCUCUCAUACACACCUACACACUCAAUCACACUCAACCCUGUCUGCUGCUCGGAUUUACCCACUUAAUCCCCAACGACACGAGUAGUCAGAGAGUCAGGACACCACAGCACCUCCAGCACCUCCACCUGAGAACCACCAGGCCAGGAAACCCCUGACGCCAUCCUCCGUCUCUGCACCUGUAGACGGGGCUCGUCCUGAACCUCAGGUACACCUGUGAACGUCCGAGCCUCGACCCAACAGAAGCUGGGAUGGUGGACCUGUUCCUGGAGAAGGUUCUGGUGAAGAACAAUAAGGACAGGGAUGAGCUGGAUACGGAGCGCGAGAUCAUCCUGCGGCUCCAGAACCGGAUCCUGAUGCUGUUCUUCGCUUCAGGAGACUGCGAGCGGUGUCAGGACUUCGCCCCCACCCUCAAAGACUUCUUCAAGAAGCUGACGGAUGAGUUCUACGUGGAGCGCUCGGCCCAGCUGGUCCUGAUCUUCAUCUCUCUGGACUCUUCAGAGGAUCAGCAGGAGAAGUUCCUGAAGGAGCUGCCCAAGCGCUGCCUGUACCUGCCCUACGAGGACCCCUACCGGAAGGAGCUGGGGGUGAUGUUCGAGGUAGAAGACCUGCCCACGGUUGUGGUCCUGCGGCCAGACUGCACGGUCCUGUCUCCGAACGCCGUGUCGGAAAUCUGCUCGCUUGGCCCGGACUGCUACCGCAACUGGCAGGAAGGGGCGGAGCUUAUCGACAGGAACUUUAUGAUGAACGAGGAGUUUGACGACAGCAAAAUGCGUAGCCUCACGGACCCCAUCCGCCGCAUCAAGUACAAAGUGGAAGACAAAAAGAAGAAGAGGAAGGAUGACGAUGGAGACGACGACGAUAACGACGGAGGAGGUGGACCUUGGGGUUGAGACUGAUUUCGGAAAUCAAGAAAACCACAAAUUCCUCAAAACUGAAAACACUCAAAGCUUGUCAAACAGCCGUUGCUUCGUUUGGGAUUGGCUGCCAGUCUUGGAGUAGACCUGUUGUUGAUUGUUUUUUGAUUGAAGUCCUGCCAGAAGAAAUGCUUGUGUUUCACAUUAGCAUUAGCGGUCAGAUGUUAUGAGUUUUUGGUUUCUACUAAUACACACUAAGCUAAAAUACUGACAUGCUUCACGUCAUGGGUCAGGAACUAGGAACUGUUGUGUCCAAAGACUUUUGCCAUGUCCCAUGGAAGCUAUAGAGCUCAGCAUUGACCUUCAGGAUAGGUUAACCUCACUCACAAGAAAACACCUCACAACUUACCUAUACAGGUGUGGCUUUCCCAAGCCUCCCGUCCUUUCAAGCAAGACUUCUUAAUGAAUUGACCCACUGCUGUCCCAUGAUUUUUGCAUGUCAGUGCAUGAGGCUAGAGGGAAAUGUAGCACUAUGGGAAAACAUAAUCAGCCAUAACAUUAAGACCACCUCCCUCAUAUUGUGCCACCACAUAGCCUUGAACCGUUGAGGUAUGGACACCACAAGCCUCCGUAGGGCAUCAAUCAACGUGCCUUGGGUGCCCAUAAUCGUAGAUUUCCUAGCCCUCACGGUUUGGUCUUAAUGUUAUGGCUGAUCAGUGUACAGCUCUGGAAAAAAAUAAGAGAGCACUAUAUAGAGGAAUAUAAUC